AUGAAGUAUCUUUCACUCCUCUCCUCAGUCCUCCUCCUUCAGGGCGCCGUAGCCCAAACGGCCGACAAGACCAAGGAGAAUCACCCCAAGCUGGAGACUUACCGCUGCACGAAGGCCAAAGGCUGCAAGAAGCACACCAACUACAUCGUAGCCGACGCCAGCUCACACAACAUCCGCCAAAAGGGCACAAACUUGAACUGCGGCGACUGGGGCUCCAAGCCCAACAGCACCGCCUGCCCUGAUGAAGCUUCGUGCGCCAAGAACUGUAUCCUCGAGGGCAUGUCUGACUAUGCAUCCUUCGGUGUCACCACCUCUGGCAACAAGCUCCGUCUCCAGCACCUUAUUGACGGCAAGGUGGUCUCCCCCCGAGUUUACCUCUUGGAGGAGAACAAGAAGAAGUAUGAGAUGCUGAAGCUCACCGGCUCUGAGUUCGCUUUCGAUGUCGAGACUGAGAAGCUCCCCUGUGGUAUGAACGGUGCUCUGUACCUUUCCGAGAUGCCUCAGGAUGGUGGCAAGAGCACAAGUAAGAACAGCAAGACUGGUGCUUACUACGGCUCUGGAUACUGUGAUGCCCAGUGCUAUGUCACUCCUUUCAUCAACGGAGUUGGCAACAUCAAGGGCGAGGGAGUCUGCUGUAACGAGAUGGAUAUCUGGGAGGCGAACUCUCGAUCUACCCACAUCGCCCCUCACCCCUGCACCAAGCCCGGUCUCGUCGGAUGCACUGGCGAGGACUGCACCAAGUCUGGCAUCUGCGACAAGUCCGGCUGCGGAUGGAACCACUACCGCAACAACGUGACAAGCUUCUACGGCCGCGGCAAGCAGUUCAAGGUCGACACCACCCGCAAGUUCACCGUCGUGUCGCAGUUCGUGACCGACAAGAGCGGCACGCUCACUGAGAUGCACCGCCACUACGUCCAGGACAACAAGCUCAUCGAGAGCGCCGUGGUCAACAUCCAGGGCCCUCCCAAGAUCAACUUCAUCAACGACGAGUACUGCAAGGCUACCUACGCCGACGACUACAUGCGCAUCGGUGGCACCAGCGUGAUGGGCGAUGCCAUGACUCGCGGCAUGGUUCUCGCCAUGAGCAUCUGGUGGAGCGAGGGCGACUUCAUGAAGUGGCUCGAUGGAGGCGAGGCCGGUCCCUGCAGCGCGACCGAGGGCGACCCCAAGAACGUUGUCAAGGUGCAGCCCAACCCUGAAGUGACCUUCAGCAACAUCAGAAUUGGAGAGAUCAACUCGACCUUCUCGGUCAAGACUCCCGCGUACCCAGGCCCUCACCGCCUGUAA